AGCCCAUCUCCUUCCCCUUCAGACAGCCUGGUGGAGGAAGAGUGGCUCAUUGGUCAGACACACAAACAGGAAGAGAAAGACCCUCUGGGAAACUAUGACAGUGAUGGGGACAAGAGUGACUAUAAUCUGGUGGUGGAUGAGGAUCCUGUCUCAGAACCCCUCAGCCUGGUGCCCACACCCAGCCCAAAGCUGCUCACCCAUGUGGAUCCACCUGACAGCCCAGCCUCUUUGGCCUCAAGCCAGGCCACGUUGACCCCCAGAGGCAAGGAUCCCAGCCUGAAGGUACUUUGUGUCAGCUCGCCUCCACUGGGCAGGUCCAGCAGCCCCUCCUCCUCCCCAGACGCUUCCACGGCUGGCCCCAGCUCUGCCAGCCACCUCCGUCAGCUUGGCACCAAACCACUGCCUACCACGGACAGCGCUGCCUCGAGGACUCCCCUGACCCUGUCUGGCCCCUUCGCGGCCUCCUUUGGCGUGGGAGCCCACACUCUGCUCAGUGGGGACCUGGCUGUGCCCAGCUCCUACCUCCCCAUGAUGUACGGCCGCUCCCCCAUGCAGAUAGAAAUCGAAUCUCACUCCCACCUCCGGGUGUCUGCCCUCUCCUCCGCCUUGCCCAGCCUUCCUGGGGGAAAGUCGGCUUACUCCUUCCACGUGUCUGCGGAUGGGCAGAUGCAGCCGGUGCCCUUCCCGUCAGACGCCCUCCUGGGCACGGGCAUCCCCCGGCACGCCCGGCAGCUGCACAGCCUCACCCACGGAGAGGUGGUCUGCGCCGUCACCAUCAGCAACUCCACCCAGCACGUCUACACGGGGGGCAAAGGCUGCGUGAAGGUGUGGGACGUGGCCCAGCCUGGCACCAAGACCCCCGUGGCACAGCUGGACUGCCUG